CACGGAAACCCAUUUCUCGCCUUCUCCUCCCGGGUUUUUCCCCACCCAGACCCAGACCAAGACCCUAGUGUAAAGUUUUACCUCCCACUCUGCAAGUUUCAACCUUUCUGCAACCUCACAUCUCGGGGUCUCUGCAGCUUCAAUUUCCCCUCCUCCAUUUGAGAAAUCAGGGAGCUUUAGCUCACAGGAGAGGAGCUGGAAUGGGGAAAUGGGGCCUGCUGCUGCUGCUAGUGGUGUUCCUGCUGAGUUCUGGGUCGACUCGCUGCACUGUCACCUAUGACAGGAAGGCCAUUGUUAUCAAUGGAGAAAGGAGACUGCUUUUCUCCGGUUCUAUUCACCACCCUAGAAGCACUCCGGAGAUGUGGGAAGAUCUAAUACACAAGGCUAAAGAAGGAGGGUUGGAUGUGAUUGAGACCUAUGUGUUUUGGAAUGGGCACGAGCCUUCUCCUGGAAAUUACAACUUUGAAGGGAGAUAUGAUUUGGUGAGGUUUGUGAAGACAAUCCAGAGAGCUGGGCUUUAUGCUCAUCUUCGCAUAGGUCCUUACAUUUGUGGAGAGUGGAAUUUUGGAGGCUUCCCAGUUUGGCUCAAGUUUGUUCCUGGAAUUAGCUUCAGAUCAGACAAUGAGCCCUUCAAGAUGGCGAUGAAAGGGUUCACUGAGAAAAUUGUUAAUUUGAUGAAGAGCCAUAAUCUGUUUGAGUCCCAAGGUGGCCCGAUUAUACUCUCCCAGAUUGAGAAUGAGUAUGGACCCCAAGCAAAGAUGCUAGGGGCCUCAGGCUAUAAUUAUGUGAAUUGGGCUGCAAAAAUGGCAGUUGAAACAGGCACUGGUGUCCCUUGGGUUAUGUGCAAAGAAGAAGAUGCCCCUGAUCCUGUGAUAAACACAUGCAAUGGUUUCUACUGUGAUAAGUUCACUCCCAACCAACCUUAUAAGCCAGAAAUUUGGACCGAGGCCUGGAGUGGUUGGUUUACGGAAUUUGGUGGCCCCAUUUAUCAAAGACCAGUUCAAGAUUUGGCUUUUGCAGUAGCUAAAUUCAUACAAAAGGGUGGUUCAUUUGUCAACUACUACAUGUACCAUGGAGGUACCAAUUUCGGGCGCACUGCUGGAGGCCCUUUUAUUAGUACUAGCUACGACUAUGAUGCUCCUAUUGAUGAGUAUGGUUUGAUCAGACAACCAAAAUAUGAUCAUUUGAAGGAACUUCAUAGGGCUGUUAAGCUAUGCGAGAGGGCUAUAGUUUCAACAGAUCCUACCAUGACUUCCUUGGGAGGCCUUCAACAGGCAUAUGAGUACUCUUCUGGGACUGGAGAGUGUGCAGCUUUUCUCUCAAACUAUGAUACAAAAUCUCCUGCAAGAGUGAUGUUUAAUAACAUGCACUAUAAUUUGCCUCCUUGGUCCAUCAGCAUCCUUCCAGACUGCAGGAAUGUAGUCUUCAACACAGCAAAAGUUGGAGUUCAGACAUCACAAAUGGAAAUGCUGCCAAUUAAUGCUGAGAUGUAUGCAUGGGAAACUUACAAUGAAGAUAUAUCUGCACUGGGUGGAAGCUCAUCAUUUACAUCCUUUGGCCUCUUGGAACAAGUCAAUGUAACCAGGGACACAAGUGAUUAUUUGUGGUAUCAAACUAGUGUUGAAAUAGGUUCAUCUGAGUCCUUCCUACACCGUGGGCAGCUCCCAACGUUAAUCGUUCAGUCAACUGGUCAUGCUCUACAUGUGUUUAUCAAUGGACAGUUGUCAGGUUCUGCAUUUGGUACCAGGCAGAACAGGAGAUUCACAUUCAGAGGAAAGGUCAACCUCCAAGCUGGAACCAAUAAAAUCUCAUUGCUCAGCGUGGCUGUUGGCCUGCCGAAUGUUGGAGGGCAUUUUGAGACAUGGAACACAGGAAUUCUAGGUCCCGUUGCACUUCAUGGACUUGAUCAGGGAAAAUGGGACUUGACAUGGGCAAAAUGGACCUAUCAGGUGGGACUUAAGGGAGAGUACACGAAUCUCAUGUAUACCAAUGGUAUAUCACCAGUUGACUGGAUGCAGGGUUCGCUGAUCGCACAGAAACAGCAGCCCUUGACAUGGCAUAAGGCUAAUUUUUAUGCACCCAAUGGAAACGAACCUUUAGCUUUGGACAUGAGCAGCAUGGGAAAAGGUCAAAUAUGGAUUAAUGGUCAGAGUCUCGGUAGGUAUUGGACCGCUUAUGCGAAUGGGAAUUGCAACGGAUGCUCUUACGCGGGACCCUUCAAGCCUCAAAAGUGCCAACUUGGUUGCGGUCAACCAACUCAAAGAUGGUACCAUGUGCCCAGGUCAUGGUUGAAACCAGCAGAAAAUCUGCUGGUUGUUUUUGAAGAACUUGGGGGAGACCCGACAAGAAUCUCUCUCGUGAAGAGAUCAGUGUCAACUGUGUGUGCUGAUGUUGCUGAAAUUCAUCCGAGCAUCAAGAAUUGGGAGAUCCAAAGCUAUGGUGGGCCCAAGGACCCACCCAAACCGAAACUCCACCUUCAUUGUGGUCCGGGUCAAUCCAUUUCCUCCAUAAAGUUUGCCAGCUUUGGAACUCCAUUGGGUACAUGUGGGAGUUUCCAGCAAGGACCGUGCCAUGCCCUUAGCUCUUACUCCGUCUUACAAAAGAGGUGUAUUGGACAAAGAAGAUGUUCGGUAGCAAUAUCAAAUACUAACUUUGGAGAUCCAUGCCCAAAUAUAGUGAAGCGGUUGUCGGUAGAAGCAACCUGCGCCCCAUCCCAAUGGCAUUGACGGUAAGGGGUAAAAUAGCCACGAGUGACAGAAUUAAACACUGAAUGACAGGGGCCAUUGUAGAAAAAGAAGAAUAAUUAGCAAGCUAUUAUUAUUAUUAUUAUUAUUGAUUGCUUUAAGGGUGUGUGUGAAAGGUAGGUUAGUGUUUAAUUUGGAGGUGCCAAAGGGGGCCUUCGAGGUGAGUCCAUAUAUAAAUUCUUUUAUGGUAUCCAGAAUUGAGUUCCGAUUGCGUUGACCGGUUCAUAUCCGUUUUAAACUGGAGAUGAGUUGCAUUGAGUCAUCACAGUGAUAGAUUGUAAACUAUGACUUACAUGGUUCCCAUUUGCUCUGUUUUCGGGUUUUCGUUCAUUUGUGCAGUUCGUUGAAAUGGAAAUAUGCAUUUGUUUCUCCCCUUUGAUCCUCAUAAU